GAGCCCCAGGACCUGCGGCGAACACCCCUCAGCAUACUAAGUUCCUUGAACAGCGGAAACUUCUGCUGGGGUCAUUCACAAUGCCCCAAAUUACAGGCUAGGCCGAGGAACUAAACUCAGCCUCCCCAUGAACACAUCGUUCUGGUCCCCUAGGCCCACAGUGGCGGUCACCGUGGUAACGGCGUCUCAGGGACACCAGGGUGGUUUUCGACCGUUCCAUUGUUAUGGGAAAAGGGAAAAUGGUGAUUGCACCCGGCGUUGCCUGGAGAACUCGACUCACAGUGGCAAAAUGGGUCUCUGUCCAGUUCCCCUUCUCUUUUUCCCCUUCCUGACCACAAAGCAAAGGGUCCCCCUUCCCGGUGGAUGGGGGGGGGGCAACCGGAGUCGGGUGCGGGUCCGGAACAUUGCGGGGUUCCCUGAGAGACCCGUAGUGAAACUGGCCGCAGGUUCGUCAAGUUCCUCCGAUGCUUUCAGGAGGCUGACUGAACAAAGAACAGGAUUGGAGUGGAAAAUGAGAGGCUUUUAAAAGUGGAAACUUUUUGUUUGUCAAUUUUCAAGAAAUUGGAUGGUGAAUUAUUUUAGGAAGAUGGAGAUCAUCAACGUCAACGCCUUACCAAUUAUACCCUUGGAUGAACCCCUGACCAUCUCUCAUGUUGCACGGAAGGCAAAGGAGAGAGCUGUGAGGAAGAACUUAGAGGACAAUCCACCCUCGUGCAUUAUUGGCUCCAUCCGCCAGGUGAACCAAAAGAUUGGGGAAAUAGACCUGACUUUCAACCCCGUGGCCAAUAGCCUGGCAAUUGAGAAAUUUAAGUUGGAGAAGAAGGCUUUAAGAAAGAAAAAUCAAAGCAGCCCAGGAGACAGAGUCCAGAGACAAAGAAAAUCACAGCAUUACUGCAAAAGCUCAGAAUUCAGGAUCGCCAGAUCUCACAUUAUAAAACGGAAAACAGCAGAUAAAAAUCUGCUGGCAGAGCUGUACCAGUAUCCCGCAUUCAACACCUCUAAGCCAACCGAGCUCCCAAAUGGAGUGGACUUCUGUGAAAUGGUGGGCAACGUGAUCCGGGCCGAGAGAAACACCCUCAGUGGCAAGUGUUUCUGUUCGGAGAAAGAAUUAAGGAAGUUUCUUUCUUCUCCUGCUCCAAGAGCCAUGUGGCUGGAUAGCUUCUGGUGGAUAUUCCACGAACGGUACCGACCAGACAAGGAUGUCCAGGAUAAGCUGUUUGACCGGAUAGCUCAGGGCUACGCCUGCCUUUUGAUUAGUACGCCCAGGUCCCACUAUGAAGAGGCCCUCUUAAAAAGGCUGCCGUCACUUCUGAGCAAAGGCCUGUACACCAGCUUCUGCUGCUGCUUCCCGCAGUCCUGGUUCAACACGCACGAAUUCAAGUUUGCCAUUUGUAACACCAUGAGCCUGUGGAUUGCAGGUAUAUGCCCUUGCCUACAGAGCUAUAACAGUUGGGACUACUCAGAACUGGAUCCAGAGAGAUUCCGGACAGAAGAAUUACUGUUACAGAGGAAAAAAAUGAUGAAGAGAAAAGAGUUUUCUUUCCUCUCUUCUAAGAGUUUUUCCCACCAGAAGCUACAGCGCGGCAGGAAGUCCGGCCACCUUCAGUCAUCUAAUGUAAAUGUAUUCAAUGAAAAAGGCCCUUCAGCUAAGUGGAAAUCAGAAGAAAACUUCCUGAGACAGACUAUCACAAAAGAGCCUACCCUGAUCUUGAGAAAACCUACACAACAAGUCAAGAGGAUAUCAGCAGCAAGAGAAUAUCAGAAUAUGUUUCAUAAAAAUUCUUGCCCUGCCUGUAAGAUCCCUCCGCUGACGCCAAACUUAUUCAAUGUUUUUGGGAAGAGCCCUUUGAUUGUGUACUUUCUUCAAAACUAUUCCCAUCUGCACCAGGGUGGUGAGGACGUGUUGAUAGUCAGGAGGGAACAGACCAAGAGCAUCUCUGAGUCCACCCUGACCUUUGAUAACGUCAUCAGCCUGACCCUGAGCAGCAUGAAGAAGCGAAAGAACAACUUUAAUCAGUUGUACCAGCUUCACUGGAAUGAAUGGACUUACUUUGAUGACUACCUAAAGGAACUGCAAGACAACUUCCUCAGGGAGGUGAAGAAUAUUGACCAAAGAGAAGCAGAUAUGCAAAAGGAAAACCAGAUGCUCCUCCCGCGAGCAGUGGCGCUGGGCGUCAGUGAGGAAUUUCUUGAAAAGAAACGGAAGGAAGGAAAAGUUGGAGAGGGAAAGAGAAGAGAAACGGAAGUUAAUUUCUCCCUUCCCACAUCCAAACUGCAACAUCUGCUAUAACCUGGACUUAAGAAACCCCUACAGAAUCAGUGGUCUUUCCUCUACCAGAGAGGCAGAGGCAGAGAUGACCAAGAAGCCAAAAGCAGCACAGAAAAAGGAGGCAUUCAUCCUGCGCCUUUCACCUUCCAGCUCACUUGAGUGAAUUUCUGUCCAAGAAUCAAAAGAUACUUUAUAGGUGAAGCUUGUAGUUGUGUCUGAUUUAAUCUAAAACAGAACAGGGCCUGGUGCAGUGGCUCACGCCUAUAAUUCUAGUACUCUGGGAGGCCAAGGCAGAACAAUUGCUUGAGGUCAGGAGUUCGACACCAGUCUGGCUCUUGCUCCACCAAAAAAUAGAAAACUUAGCCAGUUUUCUAUAGACGACACACACCUAUAGUCCCAGCUAUCUGGGAGGCUGAGGCAGGAAGAUCGCUUGAGCCCAGAAGUUUGAGGUCACAAUGAGCUAUGAUGACACCACUGCACUCUAGCCAAGGUGACAGAGCAAGAUUCUGUCUCUAAAUAAAUAAAUAGAAAAACUAAAAUAAAAUGAAUGAAACAGAAAUAACAAAACAAAAAAUGAUACAAUAAACAGAGAUGCAUUUAGUUAUCCCCAGUCCAUGGGACAAAGAAUAUUAAAGUUCACUCCUGCCAUGGGUCAAAGUCACUACUUAAAUUAAUUUACAUCAUUCAUGCUAAUUCUUUAAUUCACUUAUGAUAUCAUUGUAUAACAUAAUAGAGAUGAUCAUUAGGAGAUAUUAUUUGUUGAGUGUUUGCUGUGUGCUGAGUGCUCUGCUAAGCCCAUUUUAGACAUUAUUUCCGUUAACCCUCUUGGUGGCCCCAUGAGGUGGAUAAUGUUACCUCCAUUUCUCCUAGGAGGAAAACCGGGGUUUGGAGAGGUUUAGUAAGUAUUUGUUGCCUACUUUGUGCUAUCCCUGCUCUCAGCCCCAUGUUACAGAGAUAAGAUGCAGUCCCUGACAUUACAAGGCUCACAAUCUGGAAGAGGGAGACAGAUGUAUAAACAAAUAAAUGCCCUGCUUCAUAAAGGAUGUUUGACUUUUGAUUAGAAGCAGUGCAACUUGACCUUUCUGAACUUGCUUUUUUUUUUUUUUGAGACCAAGUCUCACUUUGUUGCCUGGGCUCUAGAUCCUCUUCCUCAGCCUCUUCAGUAGCUGGGACUACAGGCACCUGCCACAACGCCCAGCUAAAAUUUUUCUGUUUUUAGUAGAGACGGGGUCUUGCCUUAGCUCAGUCUGGUCUCUAAUCCAUGAGCUAAGCAAUCCGCCUGCCUUGGCCUCUUAGAGUGCUGGGAUUAUAGGUGUGAGCCAUUGCGCCUGGCUUCUGGCUAGUUUUUCUAUUUUUAGUAGAGAUGGGGUCUCACUCUUACUCAGUGUGGUUUGGAACUCCUGAAGUAAGCAAUCCGCUUGCCUCUGCCUCCUAUAGUGCUGGGAUUGCAGGCAGUGCAGGGCCUGGACUUGUUUUUCUGAAUGCAGAAGGGAAUGCCUACGGGGAGGGUGGUUGUGAUGGUUAGACAAUUUAUGUAAAGUUCUUGGCACAGUAUCUUUCGCUUAGUAAUUCCAAUGAGCUUGUUACCAUUGUUAUUAUUAUAAUUGUCCUUAGAAAGUAUACUCUUCUCCUGAAACUGGAUAGUAGAGCACCUGCCAAGUCCUGGGCACCGCAUACCACAGCACACUCUCUGGACUUCCCUUUACUACCUAGCACAGGCAGCUCUGUAUCUGCUGUUCCCCUGGGAACCAGACUCUCCUAUUUCUGGAGCCUUUGCCUGAUGCUCCUUCUAUACCUGAAAAUCCCUUCUCCUCCCUUUUAACUGCCAACAUCACUAAUUCCUGCUUCUCCUUCAAGACCCAAAUUAGAUGUCCAUUCCUCUUGGAAGAGGACACCCCAGCAGCAGGAUUAGUGCAAGUGCCUCCUGUGUUUUCCAGCACUCAUUUUACAGUCCCUAUAAUAAUAGGUUGUAAUUGCCGGUUCCUUAUCCACCUCUGCCAUUAGCCCUGGCGAAAGAAGGUGUCUUGUUUUACUGGACCCAAGACAAAGCUGCACUGUCAUCUCUCAGGAACAUUCUUUGCACAGCUUGGGGCCAAGAUCAUCCUUGCACGGACCCCUUCCAGAAAUUACUGAGGACUCAUAACCACAGGGCUCUCAGGAAGCUAAAGAUGAAAAGCCAUUUCUCUCUUCUUUGUAAAUAUCACAAGGGAAAAUUAUGGGGAAGAAUUCUUUGCCCUUUAUAAGGGGAGGGAGUAAAGCAUCAAAGAGGAUUAACAUUUAAAAAGCAUUUACUGGAACAUGGAACAAAGCAAAUGAGUAAUUGUGUGAUAUUCUCAUUCUGUCAUUGCCAGUGUUGCUGGGAAGCAAUUUCUCAGCAUGAAAGAGAAGAAACUCAGAUGUUAAACUAGAAGAGAUAAAAUUAAAAUCCUUUAGUCCUGAUUUUGAAUUGUUUGUGAGUUAAAGGUGAAUUUUAUGUUUAAAAACACAUAGUUGGCUGGUCAUGGUGGCUCACAGCUGUAAUCCUAGCACUCUGGGAGGCUGAGGUGGGAGAAUUGCCUGAGGCCAGGAGUUUAAGACCAGCCUGAGCAAGAGUGAGACUCUGUCUCUA